AUGACUAUCACUAUUAUUGGUUCAGGGAUUAGUGGAUUAUACACUGCCUACAGUCUUGUGGAAAACAAUGUUGAUGCUAAAUCCAUAACUAUAAUUGGUGAAUAUUUACCUGGAGAUCAAUCAACCUUUUAUACUUCUCCAUGGGCUGGUGGUAACUUCUCAUGUAUCUCACCUGAUGAUGAUUUGACAAUGAAAUUGGACAAAUUGACUUAUCAGAACUUGUCCAGAAUCCAAAAAUCUUUAGGGGGGCCCACUUGUGGUUUGGAACAGAGAUAUAGUGUUGAAUACUGGGAUGAAGAACCAUCACAAAAGAAGUUGGAUUCAUUGAAAACUUACAUCUUGGAGUUGGAAGUACUUAAAGAUCUCCCUAAAGGAGCAGCCUAUGGUAUUAGAUAUUUAUCUUGGAAUUUCAAUUGUCCCUUAUUUCUCGAGAACAUGGGUAAAUACCUUAAGAACAAAGGAGUUACCAUCGCAAGAGGAAAAUUGAAACAUAUCGCUGAAGCUCCUGGAGAUGUUGUGUUCAAUUGUACGGGACUUGGAGCUAGAUUUCUUGGUGGUGUAGAAGAUCUGAAGGUUUAUCCUACUAGGGGACAAGUGGUGGUGGUCAAAGCUCCUCAGAUCAAGGAAAAUAGAAUGAGAUGGGGUCCUGAUUAUGCAACUUACAUUCUCCCCAGACCUUAUUCCCAUGAUCAUGUGGUAUUGGGAGGCUUCUUACAAGUCGACAAUUGGACUGGUGAUACUUUUGGAUAUGAAACUGAAGAUAUUUUGAAGAGAACAAUUGAACUUUAUCCAGAAAUCGGUGAACCCGAAGUGGUGAGAGUGGCUGCUGGUUUGAGACCAAGUAGAAAAGGAGGUGUCAGAAUAGAGAAAGAGAGAAUCGGUAAAAAGGUAGUGAUCCAUAAUUAUGGAGCUUCUGGUUAUGGUUACCAAGCUGGUUAUGGAAUGGCCAGUGAAGCUGUGAAGUUGUAUUUGGGUAGUAAAUUGUAG